AUGGCUUUAUCGCCAACAAAGCACACUCGCAAUGCUUCACGGUCUUCUCGACCCCGCAGCUCAACACGAGGGCCGUUGGAUGCAUCAGAUGACCCUCUCUCGUCCCCGGGUUCAGCUCCCUCGCCUAGUAUUAUCCAACAGAAGUUUACUAGCGGUGACGACUUUUCCGGCGCUUCCCUUCACGAACUAGACCCGCUGGCCCCAGAAGACCUCCCUGAAACCCUGGGUAAAGACCUUUCAUUUCUACUACGACCUAAUAUAUAUCACCCACUAUCUCAUGUCGAUAUUCCUUCUCCACUUCGUUCCCAUUUCAUCGUGCUCGAUCCCGGCGAACCGCUGUCGACAAACCUCGGCAUUUUAGAGAAAUUGCUGGUGGAAGGUCGCUUUCUGGUUGCUGCGCAUUUUGCGGGCUCAAUUCUCACUUCGUCAUUGAUAACGCCCACCGAUAUAAAGAUCAUAUUCUCUCUAUUUUACACCCGUCUUGCCUGCCUGGAGCUUUCGGGAAACACAGUUCUCGCAGCACAGGAAUCGAAAGCUCUGGAGGACCUCAACUCCACAUUCUACUAUAUUGACUCCAGUCUCGAUUCGUCCAAGCAAAAAAUUCAAAAUGAAGAUCUCAAGGAUAUUGAGCAUGGCCCUUUCCCACGUCAUAUCGUUCCUUGGCCACUUCGCGUUCUAGCUGUUCGACUUCAAAGUAUUGGAUUUGGUGACUCUCGCAGGAGUAUUGGGGGUCUGUAUGAGAUUGGCCUCGAAGCAAGAGCCCAAAUCAUGAAAAACGAGACCAGCGAACCAGAAAGAAAAGUCUGGAAAGAGCGGUUAGCGGACUUGGGCAUGAGAAGCGUGAAUGCGUUGGUCGAGAUGGGCGAUCUCGAUGCAGCUAACAGGUCGCUAGAAGGACUAGACACGUCUAGCCUGGAAUCCGAUACUACAAAACUGAGGAAGGCGCUUCUUUUCUUAAGGAUGGGUGAUCUCGAUGCGACACAACGAGUCUUCGAUAACCCUCCCAAUUCCAAAGAGCCUUCCUUGUUAAAACCCCUCAUCAGCAUGUCUGAUGGCCGCUAUCAAGAUGCGAUCAACGAGUGGCGCAUAUUAUUAGAAGAUAACCAGAGAACUGAUGGUGCUUUGGUGGCACACAAUCUUGCUGUGUGUCUUCUUUACACUGGUCAAUUGGAUGAGGCUCGCCAACUACUGGAAUCUCAGAUCUCGGCCAACCACUCGUUCAGCAGCCUCAUAUUUAACCUCUCGACUGUGUAUGAACUUUGUUCCGACAACGCUGGCCAAUUGAAGGGGCAGCUCGCAGCCACCAUUUCUAACCAGCCUAUUUCUGGACAAACCAACCUAGACCGAUCAAACGCGGACUUUAAGCUAUGA